AUUUAAACAGCAGCCUAGAUCAGUUCUGGUCACUCACAACUUGUUCGGCACCAUGAAGACUCUGUCUGCCUUUCUCCUUGUGUGGCUUCUAGCUCUUUGGAUAGAACUGCCCUCUGCAAGUUGUAACCAAGAAAAACCUGGGAUCUGCCCACCGGAUCCUUUCAGAUGCAUUCAAACUGAAUCUCCUCUGUGCAGAAAUGAUUUCUGUUGCCUGGGAGAGAAGAAGUGCUGUUAUUAUCAGUGUCGAUUUCGCUUACCAGCACAGUUCAGUCUUGAACUACAUUUGGAUCUUGUUCCUGACAGCAAUAUGAAGACUUUGAGUGCCAUCCUCAUUGUGGGCUUCCUGGUCCUUUGGACAGAGAUGCAGCCAACAUCUGCUAUAAGCGUCCCAUAUGCUGGAGAGAAACCCGGACGAUGUCCAAUACCUCCUGGAAGAUGCAGGAUGAUCGACCCCCCUAACGAUUGUGAUUAUGACUUUGAGUGUUUUGGGCCAAUGAAGUGCUGUCUAAUGAUAUGUGGGAGAGCCUGCGUCAAUCCAGUAUAAAGUCUUGUUUCACGGAUGCCGAGAACAAGCAAAAAUAUCCUACGCUGUCACCAAUGAAUGUUCUUGUGAAUGGGAAUCACCAGCCAACGAACCACAGCUGCAGAAGACAACUCCAGCUAAAUGUGUCAUUGAACCAGAUCUUCAGCAGUAAUUAAUCCAGCCCGAACGCCAGGAGGAAGAACACAGUGUUUGAAGUGGCAGUCAGUAGCUAUAUCUUGACCUUGAUCUGAAGAGGGGAAA